CCACAACCUCCAUCGACAUCUACGGCCAACUUCCCAUUCAUAUUGCUUUUCUGUAGCCAGCGUGGUGUGCCCAUUACAUUACACAAUCUUAUCCGUCAGCGCUUCCCGGGGUCCAGCCAAUCUCACGUGCCUCGUCAUUCACCAAUGAAAUGAACGCCUCCACCCCGCGCAGCAGAGGUCGACCAAAGAAGUACCAUACUGAAGAAGAAAGGCGAGAGGCAUCCCGGAUAUCUGCCAAAAAGAGUGCACAGAAAAAGAGAGAGGAACAACGUGCAGCUGCAGAUGCAUCGCAAACUCGGACAGCUAGCAGUCUCCAGCGCUCAUCUGUUAACAUCACAUCGAAUCACUUCCGAUCAGAAUGGGAAGGGAAUCCUAAAUUUCCGUCGGAUCUUGAAGGAUUUGCCUAUGUUCAGAACAAAAUUGCGACUGACCCUGCGCGCUUCGACGUCCAGGCACCACUUUCCUCUGAAUAUAGUGGGAGAACCCCAACCCAAUUUGAAGUCUCAAUGAAUUUUGUCGGAACUUCACUACCAUACAGUCCGCAUGGCCUUCCUCAUGCCAAUACUGGUCCUAGUCAUGACCUGAAUCCUGACGCAUUCGGCUACCCACCAUGGAAUCCGGUCAAAGUGAAUUCCAUGGCAAUUCCAUCAGAGUAUUCCGAAAUUGCGCGGCAGAACUCGCAAAUGGGGCACUCCCGUUCACCGCAGCUUCUCAAUUUACUACGCAAUAAGGGGAGAAGCUCUGCCGGUCAUGAAACAACAGCAAAAGCGAGGAAUGCCCAGGAGGGUCCCGCAACGAAGCUUGCUCAAACAUCCCGUCUCAUUGAAGGCGGCCACGCCACCUUGAACGGGGGACCUCCUCGGCCAGACACCGAAACUAAGGCGGCAAAACACCUUGCUCGAGUAGUCAACGCGGACCCUCCUCGGCCGGGCGCCGUACUCAAGCAGGCAUUAUACCUUGAUCACUUACUAGCUGAUGCCGUCGAAGCGAAGGAGCUUGCCGAAAAGGAGGCUGCCGCCCGCAGGAUGGACGAAACUACCCGACAAGAGCGCCUACGAAGAGCCGCGCAACAAGAGAAAAGCACACUCAAGAGAGCACAUGAUCAAGCUCAAGCACUUGCAGAACAACCGCAAGACGAUUUCGACCGUCACAUACGCUUUGUAUUCGAGUGGCUCCAGGCCGACUCCUACGGCAGACAACACACCUUUCCUACCGAUGGCCAAGCGAUCUACACCACGAAGAUCAGACCACGUAUUCAUCAAAUACAACGGAGUUCGCUAAGCCAGAGUGCCACAUUCGCUAUACAAGGAAGUCGAGUCGGCGACGAAAUUCUGCGGUAUUACGACGCUGACGCCAGACUCAACAACGUCGACGAGCUCACGAGUGCUAUGCUGGCGAUAUUUGAGAAUGUUGUCACUACUGAAAAAGAGUGGUUGAAGAUGCAGCAGGGAGCUGCUGCCGUGUUGAUGCAAGAGAUGUACGAGGUAUGGCCUAUGGUGUGCGCUGCUGGUCCAGCACAAGUACAGCGGAACCUAGGCGGCGUCCUGUGGACAUGCUUCAGAUAUAAGGCUGUCCCACGUUUCCACUACCUAGCUUCCUCGGCCUCUCUAAAUUCAUAGCGAUCUCAACAUCUUCAUAACUUCGCUAGCAGCUGUCUUCCCCCGUCUCCACUACCCAGUACCACUUCCUCGCUCCGCCAGUCCACAUUGAACGUCGUCCUAUUUAAAGGAUUCUUCCGAUGCGCCCGCUCAAACAAGUCCUCGUACACCUUUCCAUC